AUGUCGAAGGCGUGGCUCGAUCACGAUAAACUCUCGGCGACGGCGGCGGCGAUGGGCGCGAAGCUCAAGGCGCAGGCGUCGGCGACGGUGCGCGAGCUCGUCGACACGAACGCGGUCGAGCGCGGCGUCGCGACGACGACGACGCGCGCGGACGACGCGAUGGACGCCGACCCGCGCGCGCGCGAAUUGACCGAGCUCACCGAGCUGCUGCAAGCGAAGGACGAGGAACUGAUGGCGCUGAAGGAUGCGCUGCGGCGCGUCGCCGAGGACGGCGGCGGCGGCGGCGGCGGCGCGACUCGACGCGACGCGGCGCUCGCGACGGGCGCGGUCGAGGGAUACGAAAAAGAGAUGAAGAAAUUACGGGACGGUAAGGCGUGGGCGGAGGAGGAGGCGAAAGCGUUCGAGAAGGAGUGCGACGAGGCGCGCGCCGAGGCGAGCGAGGCGACGAGGAAGCUCGAGGCGUUGGAGAAGGAACUGGAACGGGCGCAGAAAGGGGAACGGGUCGAGAGCGAGGCGCGCAUACCGAGUGAUGGGAACGGUGACGACAACGCGGCGUCGCGUGAGGCGCUGGAAUCGAUGACGAAGGAACGCGACGACGCCGUGGAGAAAGCGCAAAGCAUGAAAACCGUAAACGACGGCGUCUUGCAGCAACUGAAGAGCAUGAAAGGCGUAAAUGAGACGCUUCAAAAACAACUCAAAGAGUACGCCGAGCUCGUACCAACGAUUCGGAAGGCACUGGAUGACGCUCGAGCGGAGACGGCCGAAUUGGCCGAGAGUUUGGCGAGCGCGCGCAAAGAAGCCGAAGACGCGACGACGGCGGUGUCUGAUUCGCAAGCCUUGAAGAAGACAAACGAGGCGCUGGAAAGAAGACAAAAGAGCCUGGAAAACGAGAUCGUGGUACUCAAGAAUAAAAUAGAGAAUAGCAAACAGGUGCAGUCUGACGUCGAGGCGGCGAAGGAACGUGUGAGCGCUGGCGCGUUGAAGAAAUCGCUCGCGGCGACGGAGGAGAAACUCGCGGCGGCGAACGCUCAAAUCAAGACGUUAAGGACGGAUUUAUCAGUCAAACAUAGCGAAUCGAACGCACUUGCUGAGUCGAAAGAAAAGGGUGAGUCGGAACUACGACGUCUUCGAGAAGAGUUGAAGUCGCUCACCGGCGCCGUCGCCGAGCGAAACGUCGCUAUGACGGAACUCGCAGAACUUCGCACGGAGCUUGCGGACGCCAAGCGUUCGCUUGAAACGAGCUCAUUUGCCGGUUCGAGUAUAGAAGACGUCACGUCGGCGCGCGAUAAGGCUGAAAGCGAGCUCUUGACGAUGGCGCGUCGCGUCGCGAAGCUUGAGCAACAGUUGUUGGAUGCGCAGCGCGCGCAAGACGACGCGAUGGCGGACGUUGCGAGUAAAGUUGAUCAAUCGGUGAGAAAUGACCGAGACGAGAUCGAAAAGUUGAAAUCACGCUGCGAUGAACUCGAGUCGGCUCGCGACGACGCUGUGAAACGUGUGGAGAGCUUAUCCGCCGAGGCCAGCGCGUCUCGAUCAGCCUUAGCUGAGGCGCAAAAAAUCGCCGCUGAAGCCGAAAGUGUUCGUGCGGAGCUCAAUUCCAGAAUUGAAGCGGCAGAAAUACGCAUCAUGAACGCAAAUGCCCUCGCAGAUGCGUCGAAAAAUGCGUUAGAGGAGUACAAACGCAAAUCUACCGAGUCCACUCGAGCGGUGCAAGACGCGCUUCGAUCCGAGCGUGACGCCGCGAUGACGGCUGCUUCGGCGGCGGAGCGCGAUCGCGACGCGUGGAGUGAAAAGUGCACCGAAGCUCGCGAUACGCUCGACAGAUGGCGCGAAAAAGCACGCAAGCUAAUGGCUGACAAGGAUGCCGAACUCGAACUCGCCCGCGGCGCCGCGGCGCCGUUACGAUCAAAGUCUAGACUCUUCGACGACGACGCCGACGAUGGGUCAGACGAUGCCAAAGUCGAAUCUCCAUCCAUCGCAGAUGCGAGCAAGCCCGCUCGAGUCGACGACGUUCACGCCGAGUAUCUCGCCGCCGUCGUCAAACGCUUCUUGUUGCUGCCGUACGACGCCUACGAUCGUGGCGAUGCCCUCGUGCCCGUCAUUUGCACCAUCCUCGGGUUCGGCAAAGAGGAUGAAUUUCGUAUUCGCGCACACCGCGCUUCUCAGCGCGUCAAGUCAUCCUCUUCCAAGUUUCUCGGCGGCGUCUUCGGUUAG